AAAGGGGACUUCCUGGUGGUACUGGAGAAGGGCAAAGGAGAAAAUAGGACGACGGAUGGGGAAACGCCGUGGGAAGAACGGGGAGGGGGAAGGAAGUCAGCUGUCAAGAGUCUUCCAGUGUAGGAGAACAUUUUGCAUUCAGACAGAGGCUUGCAUGCAUCGCUGGGCAGCAUAUGAUCGCGUACACUUGGAUUGGCCUGACGUUUAAAAAACAGAAAUCAAAAGCGGGGAAACGACUCUCCACGACUUACCAGAUGAACAACGGAAAACGUUCCAAAGGAACGCAAAACUGGGCAUAUUAUGUGAGAAGGAAAUGGAACUCCGCUUGUUCUGUGUUGUAUAGCCUUUCAACAAUCCCCGCCCCAUGGAGGGGACUUGCUCCUCCCCUCGGCACUGAGCCCUCUCCCUUGGUUAGACAAGGGGCGGGGGGAGCAAAGAGGGGAGCAGCGGCGACAGUCCACGUGCAGGCAGGCGCUGGCUCAGUCCAAGCAGGCCGGCCGGUUGGCGAGGCUCCUCCCUCCUUGUGCUUCCCCGUCCUGUCGCCUCGCCCCGGUCAGUUCUCCCAGCCUAGCCGUUCUCGCUGCUCCUCGGGCGCUGAGCAACCUUUGCUGUCCCUUUAAAUCCUCGCGGAGGGCCGCCCCCUUUCCCUCCUCCUCGCCAGGCCCGGCGCGUGAGGCGAACUCGCGCUAGGGUACAGGCGGAGCAACCUCUAAGCGGCUGUUGCUUCUGGAGGCGGCGAAGGCGAAAGCAGCAGCCGGAGAGUUGGCGAGAGGAAGAGGAAAGAAGGCUGCGCUCUUGCUCGUCCGGACGCGGGACGUUCCGUGGCGCUGCGCCUCUGCUUUGGGGUCGGGUGUUGCAGCCGCGAAUGUUGCUUUCGCCCAAGCCUGCGCCAAGAGAAGUCGGCUCCCUUCCCCUCCCCCGCCUUUCCCAGCGCCAGGCAGCCAAGGGCACGCGGGCCUUGCAACAGCCCAGCCUCUCAGUGCCUUGCAGGGAGGAGAGGAAGAGGGGAGCCGGCCGUCUUCCUUCUGCAACCAGCUGCUGUGGCGGUGCUGCCGGGCACGCACACCUGCUCUGCAGAGCGUGGGGUGCCUGGCGACGAAGAGGUACAAAAGAAGAUGACUUGGAAAGACAAAGGGCGGAUUUGGGAGAAGGAAGAGAAGAGCGAAAACGCUUGAGUCAUAUUUUGUGUGGAGGAUCUGUGGAUGGACGCUGACAGCAGAGUGGUUCCCUCCCCCCCCUUCAGGAGAUUAGAUUCCUAAGCGGCCUGGGAAAACCCCCCUUUGUUUUGGAAAUUUGAAAACUUGUCUGGACAAAGCUGCUGUAGAAGCCGGACUUGCAGCACUUCCUGGAGGAUGAGCUAGACUGCGUGGCUUUUUCGAAUGCGGACUUCUGUAGGAUUUGACUGUGCUGUGGCUGCAUUUAGGGCCUCCACUGAAGCGAAUCCCUCGGCUGGAUGACUGAACAGAACACAGUCGUUUUGUGUACCGUGUGAAAUACUCACUCAGGGGGUGGAGUGGGUGGUGGAAUGACUUCGUUAGGCUCCGGUAGUGUGCAAGUUCUUUGUGUCUCAAUCUGUAGUUUGCUUUAAGGAAUGCUGGAUUUCCUGAGGAAAGUUGAGACUCCGACUGCCUCAUUUAAAAAGAAAAACCUCUUCAUGAGAUAUAUAUUCUCAUGUUCUUUAUUUGCUGUUUACAGGGACAAAAGCACUUGCACUUUUAAAGAUAAACUAAAUUUAGUCUGAUAUUUCUUGGUUUUAAAAUAAGCCGUGAGAGAUCUGGUAGUGAGAAGAAUAAAUGUCCAUUUAUCGGAUUAAGAGAGAGGGAAUACAUCACUUUCCUGUAACCUGCGUCUCUUCUGCAAAACUUCAUGUGGAAUUGAUCCCAGCCAAGCAACCUUAAAAGAUCGAAGGGAAGCAGAUUAAAAACGUUUGUCUAAAAGAUGUACCAUGGAAUGGUAACAACAAAGAGCACCACAGCAUCGCUGUUUGCCUUGAUCAGUCAUGGGAUAUUUUUUCCAUUGAUCUUCAGUACACUUGUGGUGGAAGGACUAGACUCAUUCUGUCCACAACCACCCCCACUUGAGAAUGGAUUCCACAUAUGCCACCCAUCUCCCUGCAAAAACCCACUGAUAUCUGGCAGUGUCAUUGAGUAUUUCUGCAAGGAAGGCUACCUGCUGAAGGGCGACUACAAAUACCUGACUUGUAAGAAUGGAAAGUGGAGUCCAGAUAUGGCAGUUACCUGUUGGCUCAGCCAAGAUAAAGGUUCACCACCAAGUGUAGCAGUGCCCACCCUAUCCAUCGUCGCUUCCACAGCAAGUUCAGUAGCCCUCAUUCUUCUCCUAGUUGUGCUGUUUGUUUUGCUGCAGCCAAAGCUGAAGUCCUUUCAUCUCAGCAGGCGUGAUCAAGGUGUUUCUGGGGACCAGGUUUCCAUCAUAGUGGAUGGAGUUCAGGUGGCUUUGCCAUCCUAUGAAGAAGCUGUCUAUGGCAGUGCUGGGAACUGCAUACCUCCCUCGGAUUCACGGGUACAGAUCGUCCUGUCGGAGGGAGCUGCUGGACAGAGCAGUGCAAGAGAGAUGCAACAGCCACCGCCAGCACAAGUGGGCUGCAACGGCUUUGCUGGGGAGGAUGAAGUCCCUGGACACUCUGGACUGUGUGAAGCUGGCAGCUCUCGUCACUCGGAGGCUGUUCUAGUGCACCAGGCAACCAGCUCCUCUUGGGUUGCUGGCAUGUCUAGUAGUAGACCUGGGCACAAAGAGGCUCCAGACUCUGAAAGCAGUGAUGUACAAAGCCUUCUAUCGCUCACUUCCUCAGAGGAGUAUGCAGAUGAUAUUCCAUUGUUGAAAGAAGCAUGAGGUUUGCUGCAUCCGUCUAGCCUUUCCUCUCCAUUUUCCUCCUCCUCCUUCUCGGGAUGGUGAGCACUCCGUGCAGACUUCCUUCCCACCCCUGUGCGCUGUGCCCUGAGUACCUCCAAGCAAACAUCCCUUCGCUGAAGAUCCAAAGGAUGCCAGCAGGGUGCCCCCUCGAUGCACCAGUGGGGUGUACAGGGUGCCAGCCUCCCCCCACAUUCCAUCUGCAUUGAAGGGGAGGAAGAUUGAGUGAUAACAGACUCAAGCUCCUCCAACCUCUCCACUUCCCCAACCAGAUGUUUGAGUGUGGUCUCUGAAGAGCUGCUAUUUACUUGUGCCUUGCUCCUCACACCGGCUUGUUGCAGCUUCUCACAGGCCUUACUAGCUUCUGGACUUCUGCUUGGACAGCAGGGGCCAAAAACUGCUUGCUUCGUUGGGUGCAGAUAGUUUCCUUCCACUUAUUAUCUCCAUUAUGAAGGCAAGACAGAACUUCUGUGGAUGGUCUGAGAGGGAGGGAGGAGUCCAGUUCCCCUUCCAACACACACAUCACAUCUCUCAAGGCCAGAAAUGAGGGUUUUCUAAUUUGGAAACAUUUCUGGAGAAAUUUGCCAUGCAACUUUCCCCCUCAUUUGCAUUAACUUUGCAUUAACUUUUCCUCAAAACAGUUUUUUUCCCUGAUGUCCUGAAUAGAUUGACACCACCACCCUAUUAAUUCCCCCCCCACUGUAUCACAAAUGUUUUUCAAAUAGAAAUUUUAGAAAUGGGGAAACUUCCACCCCACAUGCUCAGUUUUCAGAAUCAUAGGCUACAUAACUUGGCUGCACAUAAACAUGCAAAACACUGGCUGUGUUUAAAGGCAGUUGCAACUGCUGUCUGACUUAAAGGAUUCUCUCCCCCCCCUCCUUUUCUUUUUUAUAGUAAGUUGAGGCUGCUACCUGCUCUUCUUUUUUCCAAAGAGAGGGAGAAAAAGUACCCUGGCUGGGAUGAGAUAUCUGUAUCUUUGCAAGCUUUCACCAGGGGGAGCAGGGGGGGGCUCACCCUUCUUUGUUCAUCAGCUCCCUACACACACACACACACACACACACACACACACACCGAACUCGGUUUGGGCUAAAGUUUAGGACUAUCUUAAUGCGACGACUUUGGGGAUUCACCUGCCCUUGGCCAAGUGUAGGAGCACUUCCGGGUGCCAGCCCAUGUGAAGGAGGCAUGCCCUCCUUGAAGAGGAGCUACCCUGUCAGCAAUACUAUGGCUGUACCAUAGUCAAUCCAAAGCCUUCCAUCUUCCAGUGUGUUAAGUGCUUUGUUCUCCUUGGAAUGGCUGUAGAAUGUUAGUGGUGUUCUGCGCUGUUCUUUGAGUAGAGAUCAUGACCCAUAUCACAACUUUUUGUUUGUCCUCAUCCUUGUGAAGGCAAUGCCAGGGCUUCUAGUACUUAGUCUAGAUUAUUUGUGUCUUUCCUCCCUAGAAAACUAGACAGUGUUAGAAAAUCAUUAGUAAAUUGAUCACCAUUAGCACGCGUCUGGGAUUGUUUUGUAACUGGCAUGCCUGAUUUGCCUUGAAUGAAUUACAGUUAUAGUAUGCCUUAAAAACUUGGAAUGGAAAGAGCCAUGCUGCUAUCUUGACUGAUAAAAGAUUCCCCCCUCCCCACUUCUUGCAUUGCGUGCAACUUCCACUUGGAAGUGUCUCCUUCGCUAUGCAGGGCGUGUGUUUGCAUACCUUCCUCUUCUUCUCUUCUCACACAAGCACACUUUGCUCUUGUUCAUCUGACCUUAUGUGUACAAAGUUAUAAAGUUUCUUAAUGGCAUUAUGGAAGUGUGGAUUUUUAAAGAUCUCAUUUGUGAGCCUCCCUAAAUCAGGAAGUUUUGUGCAUCUUCCCUAUUUUUUGUGCAUCGUUCCUACAAGAAUAACUCAAUUGCCAGUUCUCAACCUUAACCCAGUCCUACCGUAGGAAAAGGCAGAUAUUUAAAAAAUGGAAAGGGAAGCAAGUCUGCAUGGAACCAUAGUGUGCUUUAAAAACUCGAGAGAAGCCUUGUGUACAGAAAGCCAGAUGCUGCAAGGGGAUACGUUGUGCCUGACAGGAAUAAAAUCCUGUCAAUGUUGUUUGUUUGACUUGAAAAAGGUGAGCCUACUUUAGAACUGGAUUCUGCAGGCCGAUGUUGCCCUUUAAAUGCUAGGAUUUAACACCUCUGUUGAAUGAGUGUCAUGCCAUCUCCUCUUCAGAAUGAUGACUCAUAUGAACAUAUGUAGCUACCUUAUACAGAGCUGGUCCAUCUAGCACAGUAUUGUCUACUUGGAUUUGACAGAGGUCUUCCUCCUCCUCUUCCUGUUCUCUGCCACUGAGCUGUGGCUCUUCCUUGAAUCCAUACGCUUAAAAGCAAGGUGCCAUUUAUUAAAACUAAAAAGCAGUGCUUCCUUUUCAUCAAUGUAUACAGCGGACUGCUUACCAAGUGCUUAAAUGCACACUCGGCCAUCUGCGCACACCCAAUUUUUCUCGUGUGUGUGUGUGACUGAUUUAGUAACAGUCUCUCUUAAGCAGCUGCUGCUAACACUGGAGGACUGCUGGAGAAGGCAAGGGAGAAUCUCUUUGCGCUAUGAUUACAGCCAGUAACCACUGAUGACCUGAGAUUGCUUGGCAUUUACAGGAAGCCAGAAGGUUGUUGCCACAGUGUCCUUCCCUUGCAGGAAAACCUGAAACUUGAGAGCCCACACAAGUCAGAACAAACAGGAUUAUCAUGUACCCCUUUUAGCCUGUCUUCAGAUUUGAAGCAGACUCUUUUUGGGAAGAAGUGGGGGGGAAAGGUCUAUUUGAGGACAGUUUUGUUUAAAAUUGCACACUUAAAAAUGUUGUGAAUACAGUAGGCUUUGACAAUGUACCUCUUGGGGUGGGGGUGGAAUCAAAACCAAUGGUGGACAGAGGAGAAACUAGACAUUGUCAGGUGCAUCCUUCAGCUAGCAAACUCAUUUGCAGGGCUGCUUCUCACAACCCACUUUGAAUGCAGGAGUGCUCUCCUAAGCCUUUUCCUGUGCAGUAUUUUUAGGCAGAGGGUGUUCAAUGCGUGUUGCUCACUUGGAGAGAGAAUGGUGAGGUUUAGCUCCUUAGUAGUGUGCAUUAAUCUUUCCCUAUUCAUUUGGUAGUGGUAAACAUAAGGAAGGACUUGUAGGAUCACUGCCCUGUAAAAAUGUCACAUGAGAAGCAAACUCAGACACUGCAUUUAAGGACUGCCAGGCCUGGAACUUGAAAAGGCUGCCUGUCUCCUCCAAGAUCAUCUCUACCACUUAAUGAAAAAUGCUUUCCUUUUCCUUUGGACCCCAUGCAUCACAGCAGCAACAACAGUGACUGUUCUGUUUCAUCCCCAGUGGUGUUAGCACAUCAUGACUAAAUACCAUAGUACUUGUCAGACUAACUAAAACUACUUUGCAUGGAAGAGUAUUUCCAAAACUUAAGGUGUUUACCUGCAGUAAAGGAAUAGCAUAUCUAUCACUGAUGCUGUAAUUUAUAUCACCUCUAAUUCCUGUGAGAAAGAAUGUCCACAGCUAAGGCCCCUGAUUAUCAUUGGUUGUGAUCUUACUGCUGUUUGUCAGGUGCAGUUAGCACUCAUCUGGUAGCAGAUAUUUUUUUAUUGGAUACAUGCAUAGCUCUGUCAUAGGUUUUUAUGAUUGGGUCUGAUGCAUCCACAAAGCACGCAAAUGCUCAGAAGUAUUAUUGAAUUAGUCCUGAGUCAGGGGAAUAAUCCAUACCUUGUGGCUGGGGUGUGUGUGUUUGUGGUGACACUGUCAAGUGUGAAGGGUUGAGGUGUGUCUGUAAAUGCCCAGACACACACACCAUUCAACAUUGUUGACUGUUGAUCUGCAGUCAACAUCAGCUCCCCAGAGCUUCUGUACUGCCUGUCAAGGAAUGUUUGAAGAUACAUGUCUUCCCUUCACACUUCAUGGUGUUCAGUGCAUCUGCAGCAGACUUGGCUGAACAUCCAGUAGUUCAGCAAGAUACAUCCAGUAGUUCAGUAGACUGCCAUGUAAAAAUGACUCAACCCUGAACUUAUUAUUGCAUUUUAUAGUAGGACAGCAAACGUGCACCUAAAAGGGGAACUGCACACAAAGGUCCAUGCUAUUCUUCUGUAGAAGGCCAGUUUUUCAUUUGGCUUGAUUCAUAUAAGCUGGUAUUCUGUAGACCUUUCUCUCUCUUUAAUGCCUCAUUCCUCCAUCUGGUUUGUUUCCUAGAAAUUUAUUUGCUUUCGAUCUUGACCCCCUCUGUCAUCUUAUUAAGACUUCAAUACUUGCACAAGAGGAGAUGUGUGUUGAGUGAUGACACACGUGUGUUCUAAUGUAUAUCUUGAGAGCCUGGCUUCUGCUUCUUUCCAGCAGUUUAGCCUAUGAAAAGGGCUGUCUAGAUCUUCUGGAGAUUUCACUGAUAUUAUUUGGUUUUGCACAGAAGCUCAUGCAGUUCAGACCAAACGUCCUGUCGGAACAUACACUCUCUCACUCACUCUGUGACCCAAUGGGCAGGCUGCAGGUAGUUAGAGAUGAAAAUACACAGGGAGAACCUGGUUGCCUUCAGUGCUUUUUAUUUGUUUGCAGUCCAAGUUGCACCACUAUGGAGUUUAUUUGCAGAAUGGUACUCAUAUAUAUGUGGGAUUUUAAAAUACCAUAAUUAAUGCUGUGCAGGAUGUCAAUCAGUUUUAUUUUGCUUUAUUUUAUAUAUAUAUUUUUCUGGUAUCCUGUACAUUGCAGUGGGUGUGAAGAUAGUAUUUUAAUAUUUGUACAAAGUUUAAUUUAAUUUCAAUUGUUCUAUGUAUAUAACUGCAUUUCUAAAUUAAAAAAAAAAUCUUUUUGAAGUGAA